AUAGUUAGUGCGCGGAUGUUGAUGGAGCUGAAGCAGCAGAUGAUUCCCAGGGUUUUUGUAGCGUUGCUGGCUGUGUCCUGCGUUGUGUCUGCCCAGUCGGAACUGGAAAACAACGCCAGGGAGUUCCUGCAGAGGUUCGACGAGGAGGCCACCAAACUUAUGUACCAGUACUCGCUGGCAUCAUGGGCGUACAACACCAACAUCACUCAGGAGAACUCAGACAAACUGGCACAAGAGGGGCAAGUUUGGGGCAAUUUCUACAGCAAGAUGUCAGAGGAGGCCCAGAAGUUCCCCAUCGACCAGAUCAAUGAUCGAGAAUUGAAAUUACAGCUCAUCUCACUACAAGACAAAGGCUCUGGUGCCCUGUCCCCGGAUAAAGCUGCACAUCUGAGUAAGGUCAUGAGUGAUAUGAGUACAAUCUACAGCACCGCGACCGUGUGCCUCAAGGACGACCCCGCUAACUGCCAGACUUUGGAGCCAGGCCUGGAACAUGUAAUGGCAAACAGCGAAGACUACGAUGAGCGUCUGCAUGUGUGGGAGGGCUGGAGGAGAGAGACGGGGAAGAAGAUGAGGCCCCUGUAUGAAGACUACGUGGAUCUGAAGAAUGAAGCUUCCCGACUUAAUGGUUUUAAAGACUAUGGAGCUUACUGGAGAUAUAACUAUGAGACCAUCGACGAGGACCUUCUGUACCGUUACACUGGAGAUGAGCUGAUGGCGGAUGUCCGCGCUGUAUACAAACAAAUUAUGCCUUUAUACAAGGACCUGCAUGCUUAUGUGAGAGCCAGGCUGAUGGAGGUCUACAAAGAGGGCAUUUAUCCAGAGGGACCUCUGCCAGCCCACCUGCUGGGUGACAUGUGGGGAAGAUUCUGGACCAACCUGUACCGCCUGUCAACCCCCUACCCUGACAAACCAGAUAUCGACGUUAGCCAAACCAUGGUGGACAAGGGCUGGACAGAGCUUCAGUUUUUCGAAGAAGCAGAGAAGUUCUUCAUGUCUGUUGGUCUUUACGAGAUGUUCCCAAACUUCUGGAAUAACUCCAUGCUGACGAAGCCUACGGAUGGACGCAACGUGGUCUGUCACCCCACCGCCUGGGACAUGGGAAACAGAGAGGACUUCAGGAUCAAAAUGUGCACCAAGGUCACCAUGGACGACUUCCUCACGGUGCACCACGAGAUGGGUCACAACCAGUACCAGAUGGCCUACCGCAACCUGACCUACCUCCUGAGGGACGGAGCCAACGAGGGUUUCCACGAGGCCGUCGGAGAAAUCAUGUCCCUCUCUGCUGCGACUCCCAAACACCUGCAGAGCCUGGGGCUCCUAGCGCCUGACUUUGUUUAUGAUGAGCAGACUGAGAUCAACUUCCUCCUGAAACAGGCGCUCACCAUCGUGGCUACACUGCCAUUCACCUACAUGCUUGAGGAGUGGAGGUGGCAGGUGUUUGCGGGGAACAUCCCCAAGGAUGAGUGGAUGAAGCAGUGGUGGGAGAUGAAGAGGGAGCUGGUCGGGGUGGCGGAGCCGUACCCCAGAGAUGAGACCUACUGUGACCCGCCCGCUCUGUUCCAUGUGUCUGGAGACUAUUCUUUCAUCAGGUAUUUCACAAGAACCAUCUACCAGUUUCAGUUCCAAAAGGCACUUUGUGAUGCUGCUAAUCAUACAGGACCCUUGUCAACAUGUGACAUUACGAAUUCCAAAGAAGCAGGAACCAAGCUGAGGGAGAUGUUAGAGUUGGGAAGGUCCCAGUCCUGGACCAAGGCUUUGCAGACGAUAUCCGGUGACACUAGGAUGGACGCUAGGCCCUUGUUGGACUACUUCCAAAAGCUUCAUGACUGGCUUAAGGCAGAUAACGCAAAACAUGACAGGAUGGUGGGCUGGAACCCAGAAAUAUCUCCAUUUUUAAAGAAUCAAAUUAAAGUGAGACUGAGUCUGAAGGCUGCCAUGGGCGAGGAUGCUUAUCCCUGGAAUGAAAACGAGAUGUACCUGUUCAAGGCCAACAUUGCGUAUGCUUUAAGGCAGUACUACGCCCAACGGAACAUCACCCGCUCCUUCACAUCAGACAACGUCAUCACGACUGUCUGGACUCCUAGAAUCUCCUUCUACUUUAUGGUCAGAAGCACAGAGAACCCCGAUGAAUUUAUCCCAAAGGAUGUUGUGGUGGCUGCCAUAAGGUUAUCUCGAGCCCGAAUCAACGAUGCCUUCCAACUGGAUGACCAGACGCUGGAGUUCGAGGGAAUCAUCCCAACACUGGCCGCUCCUGUGCAGCAGCCGGUGGAGGUGUGGCUGGUGGUGUUUGGGGUGGUCAUGGGAAUUGUGGUGCUAGUGGGCGUUUACCUCAUCUUCUCUGGUAUCAAAGAGCGCAGAAAGAAGCCUGCAAAGGCCACCGUGGAGAAUCCCUAUGAGAACAAUGAAGAACAUACUAACAAAGCCUUUGAAGAGAGUGAGGAUGAACAAACUGGAUUCUGAGGAACAGAGCGGAGAUGUCCUCAGUGCUUACGUAAAGUAGACACAUAUUCCAAGGAUGGGAAAGUUAAAACUCUAGCUCUAACUCUAGCUGAUAAGGCCGUUCCCUCUUUUAUCACCUUUGCAUGGCCUCUUAUUAACCGUCAGUGUAAGUGCUUAAUGUGUAUAUGUAUGAAAGUUUUACUUUGUCCGGGAGUUGUAUAUUGGAUUUAGGUUGUGGAAAGGUAGACCUAAGUGUUCUUAAUUGUAACAUACUAACAAUACUUCCCAUGUGAAUGUCCAACAAGUGUGCUAUUUUUUAAAUGUGCAAUAUGAAUUGCAGAAUUUUAGUUCAAAACAUCCAAAAAAUUAUCAACAGAACGUGAUGAAAUAACAGGUAUGUUUAUAUUAUGUUAUUUUUCUUUGUUAUCUACAGAAGUAGGCAUGCUAACCCGCUAGCCCUGAGCCUAAAAACCUCUUUCUCCCAGCAGUCCAAAGCUGCUGUUCUAGCACCAACAUUCCACUGGCAGUCUUGCUAACUGCACAGCUAAAUGAGCUAAAAAGCUCGCCGCAGUCACUGGUGUAUAAAAUAUACAACUGGCAGCACUCAACUAACUGUUGAGUAUGAAUUCAAGAUGGCUAAUUCUUAUGCAUAGCACCUUUAACAAUUCAUAGCACUAUAACUGUGUUACUCUGGGAAAUCAAUGAGUUAUAAUUAUGUGUAUUUAAGUACACCUUUUGUUAUCUUGAUGGACAUUUACCUUGUACUUUCUGUAUAUUUACUUAUAUACACCUAUGAACCGAACAUAGUGUGAUGAAUAUAGAUACACAUUUAAUAAACUGCAAAUAUGAGUUUAAUAUACUCAGUGUGAACAUUUAAACAAGUUUAAAAAUAGAUAAUAAAAUAAUAUAUAACAAAAUAAUGAAUGAAUGAAUUAAUCAACUAUAUUUUUUCAUAAAUAGAAUAUUUUAAUAACAUUAAAAAAAGUAUUAAAUGUUUCCAGUAGAAGUUCUUUAGAUUGUACCGUGUUUUUCUUUAAAUAUCAUACCUCUCCUUUCACUGUGGAUAUUUAAGUGACAUGCAGCUGAAUUUCUGGACAAUCAAUCAAAAGGACAAGAAUUGUGUUUGUCAAUAUAACUUUUUAAUGUUGAAUAUUCUGUAAAAGACAUUUUUCAUAAUUCUUACUUGUUUUAUACUUAUACUUGUUUUGAAAUGUCAAAUUAAAGGUUGUCAAAGCAUAAGAAAAUGUAAUAAUACAAAGUAAAAAAAAAAAAUUAGUUUCCCUGUUGUUCCACUGUAAAACAAAGAACUACUCAUUCAGACUCAUGCUUAUAGUUUAAUGGUGUUCACAAAAUCUCUAAAAAAUGUACAUUAGAAAGUGUUAAAUAAAGUUAUUAUCAAAA